AUGACUGGAUCUAUAGCGACAUCAAAAGCGGUGCGAGAAGAAAUGCUGCCUUCUUCAACCCAAAGCCCCAGGAGUGGUGGACGACAUGAUGGUGCUAUCUGGCGACCUAAUGCCCCGUCUGGCUACAUUUCACUUGGUGAUGUUGUUGGUGGUAGUCACAGUGUGCCACCUAGCACAUCAGCAAUAUGGUGUUUGCGAGUCGAUCUAACCCACGUCGCCAAUUACGCAGCAAGUGAUUUCUGGGACGACAAGAAAUCUGGAGCUGCCAAGAAUGUAUCCUUCUGGCAACUCGUCCCUGAAUCUACUGGCCUCAACGGUCAUGAGUACCUUCCUAUUUCUGCCGGUACAUUCCGUGCGCAUGGUGCAUACGACGUGAAGCCAUCUCUUAGCCUUGCUUACGUUCCCUUGUUGGAAGUAGAAAAUCAAUUCCAGAAAUUCGACGUCCGGGCGCCAAGCAUUACGCCGACCACAAUCCCUGAAGUUGGAGAUCAAUUUUCACAGCAGGCGCAAUGCAGAGUCGUAUUACCCUUUACUGCUUUCUAUCCUAUCGACGAUGAACGGAGCCUUGACCUGAUCAGGAACCCCUUCUGUGUCAUAAGCAGAUCUAUCGCAUGGCAUUGUGAGGCUGCUUGGGUGAAUGACACUAACGGUCCCUUUGACCGCCAGGUGACAAUCAAAUACGGCGUCAGCAAAACACAAAGCGAAUCGAUGGAACACAGCAUCGGUGUUGAGGUAUCGGCUUCAUCUGGCAUUGGGCUUGUCGAAUUUAGCGUCAACCUCAACUACCAGUUCACCUACAACAGUUCGUCGUCAUUCACGGAGUUCAGAGAAUCAGAAGUAAUUGAGAAGAUUAACAUUCCGCCGAGAAAUGCUACCGUUUUGUUUAGUAAGCAUAUCUGGAUUAAGGGCGUACGUGCAGAUUCGUCUCAAGUGAUCAGUCAAGUCGAAAUCACAGCCAACGACGAAUUACAUUUUAGUGGUUGUGCACUUUGAAGGAAAAUCAUUGCUUUUUUGUUCAGACACAACUUAUGGUUGAAUUUGGUAUCGGCAAUUUGGGCCACGAAAUGAGGGACCAAUUUGCAAAGUCAUAUUUAGGCCGCUGAAGAGCACCGGUGGCUUUUGAAAUGAGAAAGGAUGGGUUUCGAGGGUUAUUUCAUAAGGGUUUUGCCUCUUUCUACUCUCUUUUAGCAAACAAUCAAUAAAAUGAAUGCCA